AUCAUUCUUUGUUCAUUGUUAUUUAAGGGUUAACUCAAGGACUUGGUGCUGUUUCGCAUCAACAGUAAGUUAACGGAAUAGAACGAAGGAAAAUUAGUUUUCUUUUCCCAAAAUGCUGCCGUACAAGCAUCUGAGUAAUGCCGAGGAGAAUCAGGAAGAGAAUGGUGACCGACAAAGAGCCAAGGCUGCACAUGCUCUACAAAUGUUAUGUUUAUCGGUCUUUCUAUUGCUUUUUCUGGGAGCCUCACUUUUUCAAUCACCCACGCCGCCGCGACGAAACCAUGAGCCAAAGUCGAAAGUUAAGCUUUUUUAUAGUUGCGAUAUGCAAUUAGUAGAAACAAUCCCAAUUGGCCUUAACUAUACCCAAAACAAUACUAGGCACAUAUCCACAUUUGACGCAUGGACUAAACUUUUGGACAAUGCCACCUCAACAAUAGACAUUGGGUCAUUCUAUUGGACGUUAAGAGGUGAAGAUACCGGCACUAAUCAUAGCAGCACUAAACAGGGUGAGGAGAUCUUUAAUCGUUUAUUGUCCAAUGGCGUAAAUAGUGAUAUCACAAAGAGACUGAAAAUCCGCAUUGCCCAAAGUGAGCCUUCAAGUUUACCACCUAGCAUGGACACCAAAAUCCUGGUCAGCAAUGGAGCUGCCGAUGUUGUUUCCAUAAACAUGCCCAAGUACUUUGAUGGCGGAGUUCUGCAUACAAAGCUUUGGAUUGUGGACGGUCAACAUUUUUAUCUAGGUAGUGCCAAUAUGGAUUGGCGUGCGCUCACACAGGUCAAGGAGAUGGGGAUACUCGGUCAAAAUUGUCCAGAAUUAGCAGCCGAUGUGAGUAAAAUAUUUGAGGCUUACUGGGUUUUGGGUUCUGAACAGCCAGACCAAUUACCUUCUUGGAGUAGAAAUUUGGACACUAUAUACAAUAUCGACUCUCCCAUGAAUGUGCAAUUGAAUGGAAAUAUUUCAAUGCAAGCAUUCAUAUCAGCUGCUCCGCCUUCUCUGGCACCGAAAAGCAGAACCAGUGACCUGGAUGCUAUAAUUAAUGUCAUCGACAAAGCCGUAUUGUUUGUAGAUAUUGCUGUCAUGGAUUAUUAUCCUUUAAUUAUUUACGAAAAAAGUAGACACUAUUGGCCCUACAUUGAUGAUGCUAUUCGUCGGGCAGCUGUUGGAAGGGGCGUGACGGUGAGACUGCUUAUCUCCUGGUGGAAGCAUUCGAACCCCUCUGAGGAUAAAUAUCUACGCUCAUUACAAGAACUCACGUCGCCGAAGGAAAAUAUUACAAUCGAAGUUCGACGUUUCAUUGUGCCCGUUGAUCCGGAUCAAGAAUCCUUGCCCUUUACACGUGUCAAUCACAACAAAUAUAUGGUUACAGAUCGAGCUGCAUAUAUAGGUACUUCGAAUUGGUCUGGCGACUAUUUUAUCAACACUGCUGGCAUCGGCCUGACCCUAAGCGAGACACAUUAUACGGAAAGUGAUCAGAAUAUUCGCCACGAUUUGCAAUCGGUUUUCGACCGGGAUUGGAAUAGUCCUUAUGCUCAUGAAUUCAAAUAAGGCAUCAGGAAUUAUUUUUUUUACUUUCUAUAUCUUUCUAUCCUUUUCACUUUUAUAUAGAUCUCCAAAAGUUUUUAUAUAUUUUAUAUUGAUAAAUUUUUGUAAUGCCAAAUAAAUUUGAGCACGCUAUACAUAUGUACACAUGCAUAUAAAUCAUAUGCAUUGGAUUAAUUUUUACGAAUAAAACUAUUAACUUUUUUGAACAUA